AUGGCGACUCAAGUGAUUCCCGAAGCCUUGAUGGCUCCAGCGCAAGAAUUCGACAAUGCUCCACCUUUCCCUUCAGACGUACCUACAGCUCCUCUUCUUCGUCUCUCCCUGGCCAAAUUGAUUGAGCGUGAUGAGCAAGAAGUGCAUCGCUUUAUCCGGGCCUGUGAAGAUCUCGGUUUCUUUUAUCUUGAUUUGACGGGGCCAGGAGACUCUUUGCUUGCUGAUGCAGAUCGAUUGUUCAAAGUGGGCGUCGAGUUGUUCGAUUUACCCCUGGAGGAAAAGAAGAAAUACGACUUCGCCCACCAAAAGUCCUAUUUUGGCUACAAGGGAUUUGGCGCAAAUGUCGUCGAUAGAUAUGGCAAUUUAGAUCGGAAUGAGUUUUAUAAUGUAUCGAAAGACGACAUGUUUGGAAUAUCUGACCCCCUCCCCGCUCCUGAAGUGCUCAGUUCGAGACGGCCGCUGCUGAAAUCAUUCUGCGGAUCAGCCCAUGGCAUUGUGACGCUGGUUCUGGAAUUAUUGAAUGACCACUUGGACCUACCGCCCAACACCCUCCAAGACAUGCACCGCCUCGACGGUCAUUCGGGUGACCAGAUUCGCUUUAUCAAAGCACCACCACAGCCCGUUGAUGAUCGAAGAACAGCUCUAGGCGAGCACACCGACUUUGGAAGCGUCACGGUUCUCUUUAAUAAGCUGGGUGGCUUGCAGGUUCUUCCACCGGGUCGUGAUGCGCAAUGGUGCUAUGUGAAACCACUUCCCAACCAUGCCAUCAUCAACCUCGGCGAUGCGAUGGUCAAGUUCACUAAUGGACUAUUGAGAUCCAACAUCCACCGUGUUGUUUCCCCACCGGGAGAACAAGCCGAUCAUACGCGGUUCUCGCUUGUCUACUUCAAUCGACCGGAGGACGACGUUAUGCUCAAGAGACUGAACACAAGCGAGAAGAUCCCGCCCUUGGAGAAGGAUGAAGUAGAGGAGGAAAUUAAUAGCAAAGACUGGAUCAUCAGACGGGCUUUGGGUCAUCGGCACGCGUUGUACGGCAAAGAGGCGUUUGAUUAUGAUCGCAUCAGGGGCACUGAGGAAAAGAGCCAGAGGGCUUACCUUUGA